ACGCGACAAUGGCGACCUGAAGGGAGACUGGCGUGCGUUUUCUCGAGGAAAGAUAUUUCGGGUAAUCCGCGAGCUUCAACCGGAUUUCUAAGGCUCGCGAGUGCGCGUGGAGCUCGAGCUCGCCACCGAGAAAUAUGUGAACCGACACGGGAAAGUACAGUCGCCGGUCGAGCGGAUUUAUCGCCGAGGAAGUGACCAGGCGCACGACACAACCUACUGUGUUGGUUGCUGCCGAAAAAAAAAAAGAAAAAACAGAAAAAAGCACAAAAAGGCAACUGGAGGAGCGAUGCGCACGGGCGUAUUUCGCUCAUUAUAAUGCCUCGUGGUAUCCAGAAAUUUAAUAGGCGUCUGUAGUGGGACAUCCAAGGCAUGAUAAAAUAAAGGAAGAGAACGAGGGAGAUGAGCCACAAUAUUGCAGGCAUGCCACCCUUUGCAAGGAUGCCGCUAGGGGGUAUGGGAAUGGGGGUAGGCAUGGGAUCCAAUGCCCCUCAUCCUGAAUCCUCUGCCCACCCGCACCCACCUCCGCCACCUCUUGCCGGUGCCAAUCCUAAGAAGAAAAGGCGCACCAAUGCCAACGUUGCUCAACCACCUCCUCAGCAGCCUCCCUCUGUACAGGAUUUACUUCCCCCACCAUUAACAGGAUAUGGAGACACGAUAGUUGCGAGUAAUCCUUUUGAUGAUACCCCUCCGCAAACCCCGCAGAGUCCAAUGAUGCACGGAGGUCCACCGCACAUGCACCCUCAUCACCCCCAUCAUAUGGGAGGACCACCUAUGCGAGGCAUGAGUCCUCUGGCAUCGAUCGGAGGUAUGAGCCCAAUGAUGCCUCACAAUAUGGGUAGCAUGAGUCCCAUGGGAAAUUCUCCAAUGGGAAAUCACAUGAACCAUAUGGGUGGUAUGUCCCCUAUGAACCAUGCACCGAUUGGUGGCAUGAGUCCCAUGAACAACAUGGGUCCAAACAUGCCUCCGGGACCAAUGAAUUCUAUGAAUAAUCAUAUGAACAUAAGUCACAUGGGUAAUUCCCAAAUGAGUGGUCCACCCAUGGGCAGUCCAAUGAACAAUAUGAACAGUGGGCCCAUGGGAAGUCCAAUGAAUAACAUGGGGCACAGCAUGGGUAGUCCUAUGGGUGGACCAUUGGGCUCUCCUAUGAACAGCAUGGGUGGAUCGAAUCACAUGAGUAAUGGACCUCUGAACAUGAACAACAUGAACAGUCACAUACCGCCUAAUAGUCCAUUAAAUGGCCCAUCGAUGAACAACGUGAACAGUCCACUUGGUCAUAACGGGCCUCAACCUCAUCCAAACCACAUGGGAAACAGUAUGAAUAACUUGGGAAGGCCUAUCAAUGGACCAAUGACGACUAUGAGCUCAAUGGUAUCGAAUAACAUGAAUAUUACCGGGCCCAAUCAAAUUAACAACAUGUCCAUGGGAGGCCCACCUAUGAAUACGAUGUCCAAUAUGAACAUGGGUCAUCACAAUCAGAUGGGACAUAUCGGUGGACCUAUGGUGUCGAUGGCAAGUAAUAUCGGAGGUGGCCCUCCAAUGGGUCAUCCAAUUAAUAUAGGAGGAUCGAUGCCGCCACAUGGAUUUCAAGGCCCACCAGGAAUGGGGCCUAAACCCAUGCCAGUCUCCGCAGGAAAGAUUUAUCCGCCUGAUCAGCCAAUGGUUUUCAAUCCCCAAAACCCGAAUGCUCCUCCUAUUUACCCCUGUGGUGUUUGUCACAAAGAGGUGCACGAUAACGAUCAAGCCAUCCUCUGCGAAUCGGGUUGUAACUUUUGGUUUCAUCGAGGCUGUACAGGAUUAUCGGAGGCGGCUUAUCAAUUGUUAACGCAAGAAGUAUACGCGGAGUGGGUGUGCGAUAAGUGCUUACAGUCGAAAAACAUACCCCUGGUUAAAUUCAAGCCAUAACACCUCACGGUUCGUCGUCGUUACGGCGUACGAGUCACACUUUGUUAAUGUUUUUCCAUACCGCCCCCCCGACACGCACAUAUCGCGCGCUCGCGGUUACAGAGGAUGUAAAAAGUGCGAGGAAAGGAAACCAAGGGAAAACGUGCGUGCAUACGCUCCUUGUGCAUACCUACGGAUACACUGUUUGUUAAUAACUUUCUAGCUUUAACUUGUUGAGAAAUUAGGAUAUCGUUACGAGCAGCGCACAGGGGAUGUCGAAAGUGUCUAAAUAGGAACGAAAUAGGCUCGUACAAAAACGUAUUUGGAGUUGAGCCGAGCCGAACUACUCGGCUUGGUCGCGCGAUUCAACCAUUGAACGAAACGAAAUUUAUUCGACACUAAGGCCGACGUAUUGUGAAAUACAUUUUAUAUAUACAUAUAUGUAUAUAUAUAAAAGAGAAAAGGGGGAAGAAGAGGCCGAUCGGAACUUCAGGGGAGAUGACAUUUUUUAGAAAACGAGUGGUCUAAAUUGAAUUUUAGAAAUUCAAGAUCAAAGUACAGCGGUGUCGCCGGUGCACUUAAUUCAGAUCUUUCGAUGUCUAAAGAUACGCACAUUAACGGCAGAGAUUUCGAAUAUGCGUGGGGCGCUGAUAAGAUCCGGUAUUACCGCACCGACGCCGCCUGUAAUCUAACUUCUGCUUUGUGUCGAAGAAGCAGCUUCCCCGGGAUUUCUCGGAACAAUCAACACAUUCUCAACGACUGAUAGCUUGAUACGUUGUACAAUUGGUUGGCAUUGCGUUUUGUCGUUCGGAGAAUGUCAGGCAGAUAGUGCACGCGCGAAUUGAUCCUGGUUUUUUUUUAUAUCUCUUUUCACGUGAUUUUAACAGUACUUGUAAUUACUUGUAAUCUACUGGCGUUUUACGGUACGCCGACCCGAAACCAGCCGAAUCAUUAGUCGAUCACACGCGAGGCAUUGAACAACGGCAAACCUUUGUACAUUAACUAUAAUGAUAAUGGAAGCAAAAUUAUAUUUAAGAGAGCGAUGGAAAGAAAUACGAGCGUGAAAGUGUACAAAGUCGACGAGAGAAAGAGAGAGAGAGAGAGCGCGCAGCAGGAUGUUUACGUCUUUUCUUUUUUUAAAUUCUUUAAGGAAAAUUGCUAUGACGAUCGCAAAUAGCCCAGACUUUUUAUACCGAUGGACGCUAGAUUGAUAUACAGGACGGAUGACCGAGUAUUACAGAAGGGGAAGAAAAAUAGAAAGGAAAAUGGCUACUAUAGGGGUGGAAUUAAUACCCUUCUUUUUUGUUUUUGCUUUAAAUUCCGUCGGCAGCUAAUAUCAAAUUAACGGGUCCGCGGAGAUUGUGUAUAGUCCUUCUUGUUUAUAUACACGUGAGGCAUAGCCAUUUAUCGUUUAACGUUUAGGACGUUACCGCAUUUUACUUUACUCGUACACUUUUAGCGAACAUUACGCGCGAUUAACCCUGGAUCCUAUACUGCAUAAUGCUCAUAUUAGUAUUACAACGAAUAGAUUAUCAUUGCCACCACGCACAUACGCACGUACAUUGUCCUCUUUCCAUUUCUUAUUGUUCACGGCAAGCCGUGGUCAGCUUGUUAACGUUCUUUCAAACACAGAACUGAACGUCGAAGACGCGGCAGAGAUACACCCAAAGAUGCGUGUAGAAAAAGAUGAGCCUGCAACUCUGUGAUGUAACAUCUCUUAUUUGCUCUUCUCUUUUUUUUGUUUUUUUUUUUUCUUCAUCGAGUUCAUCCGUCCCACCAUCAGAUGGGGAAGCACGGAGAAUCUAAAAAGGUUUCUGAUUUGUAGAAUGUCGCUUGCUGCUCGAAACGACACUUUCAGUAGUCGAUGGAGUAAGCAAGCGAGCGUUCUCAGGUCUUAAUUCUUAGGCAAUCAUGAUGUCCCUUCCUGUAAAAAGAAAAAGAAACACGAAGCAACAUUAAUAAGAAUCUGUCGAAAGGGAUUUAGUAAUUCUGCCAGAGGAAAGAAAUGCCUCUUAGUGGGAGGAUUAACGUGGCUCCUGUGGACCACGACGAUGUGUACUUUUUGUGAAAAUGUAAAUUUGAUGCAUUCGCGUUAAUGUCGUGUAUCGUCGCUCUACACAAUAUCCAUUACAAACGAAUUAUAUUUGCGUAAAAUUGCUAUGUCUUCGACGUACCAAUCGCCUUCGUUUUUACAUUAUGGAUAUAAAGAAAUAAAAAAAAGAAAGGCUCUCUACGUAUGUAGAUAUUGCGAUAACUUAAUGCUAAAGUUUAGCAGAUACGUAGCUUUGUAACGAUUACAUGCUAGGGUAUGUACAGUUAAUACAAAUUGACCUGAAUUCAAAGAGUAAUGUUAUAUGUCAAAAUUCUCCCGACUACACUUCGAAAAUUCAAUGACUACAAGUAUUUAUACAAAUAAAUAUUUAUGUUUACAAUUA